UAAACCGGGAUUUGUGUGUAAGUGAAGUCCUGUUUGAGCAAGUGAAUGUGAAGGUUUUCACAUGUUUAUACGUCUGGAAAGGAAGGCCUCUCAAAGGAUGCUGAGAGGAGACAGGUUUUUUGUUCUCCUGUUUGAAUGAUGACGGAGGAAUGCCGUUUGUCCUCCUCUAUGCACGGGGGUAAGAAAGUAUGCACCCCAACCGACACAACCGCCUCCUCUUUCUGGACUCAUUCAAACUUUCUCACUGAAACCAGCAGAUGCUGUGAUGCUAUCAGAACCACUUCAGUUUCAUCGAUUAUAUACGGGUGAAAACAGCUAGCAGGGAAUUUGGAUUAAAUAAGUCCGUUUCACUAUACUGUAGUUUAGAUGACACCUGUAUGUAUGGCACAGGGAUCUAAUUAUCCCGUAGACUGAAGAAUCAUGGGUAACCUAAUUAGCAGACCUAGCUGUUUGGGACAAAAGUCCAAACAAGUCAAGUCAGAGGAGAGAGUCUUGAAAGGGUGCUACCAGCAACGGAGAGAAUGGUCGCUCCCAGAGCCUCCUAGAGAAGAAACAAGGAAAGAGGACGUGGAAGAGGUUCUUCGGCAAACUCCAACACCAGACAAGCAGAGGAGUUCCCCAGCCCCUACUGUCACCACGACCAGCACUCUGGACAACGCCUGGCGAAGCACUCCAUCCCCGGUAAAAACACCACAAAAUGAUUCUUUGCCCAGAAGGAGUAAUAUUCCGGAGUAUAGAAGGUCCCCCCUGAGUCAGUAUGGGUCCGUGGACAGGAGAGGCAGCCUGCAGAGAAGGGAUUCUGGAAGUCCCUGGUCCUGGAAGCCUCUGAACACUCGAGAGGUCACUGAAGUCACAGAGGUGACAGAGACGAUUGUUACAGAGAUUGUAGAGGUGACAGAGUAUCCUUCUUCAGGGAAAGGAGGUGACCCUAUUGUUACUAGAACUGUUAGAGUCCUUACUGGAGCUGCUGGGGAACUUGCAGAGGUGCAGAGUGAUGGUCAAUCGAGUUCAGACCAGGAAUCAAGUCUAGAUCAAUGGAAGGAUGGCAGAAGUGUUGUGACUCUGAAAGAUGAGUUCAGGGAUCCGUUGAAAUUCCAGCAAAAUCUGGAAAUGCUGCUGACGUGGGUCUGCGAGAUUGAGGAGCUGACAGCCAAUCAAAAACCACCAUCCUCAGAGUUUAAAGUGGUGAAAGCACAGCUGCAAGAACAGAAGCUCUUACAGCGCCUCGUAGAGGACAGGAGAGCCAGUAUGGAGACCAUGAUGCAGGAGGGUCCACACCUGGCAGAACAGCUUCAGGAAAAUGACAGUGAAAAGCCCAAAGUGAAGCUUGCACAGCUCAAGCUCAAGUGGGAGGCUCUACUUCAGGGCGCCAACAGCAGACACAGGACUCUGGAGGACAUUCUGCCAAGAGCUCAGCUAUUCCAGGAGAUGACAGAUAGACUUCAGCAAUGGCUGAUAUCUGUGGAUCAGGAAUUAGCUGAGCUCCGCUCUGCAGAAAGAGGGAUGCUCCAUCUGCAGGAAGCCACAGGACAAGCCAAGGCAGUCAUGGAAGAGAUAAAAGCUAAGAGUGUCGACCUGGGGAAACUCCAACAAUGUGCUCAGGAGGAAACCCAGCUGGUGCAGGAGCAGGUGGACAGUCUGCGUAUCCGGUACUCAGUGAUGAGUCUGGGUAGUGCUGAUGUCCUGCAGAGGCUGGAACAGGCUUUGGAGGCAUCUAGUCGAUGUACCUCCAGUCAGGAAGACCUCCACAUGUGGCUUGGUCGAAUCGAGAGAGAGCUGCUUGCUCCUGCUGCCAAGAGCCAAUCUGGGGACGCAGUCUUGUGUUCUUCUGAGAGGCAGAAGCUGGAACAGGCUGUUGAGAAAGAGUUGGCUUGGUUUAAAGACACCUCACUGGCACUGGAGGAGCUCAGAGCCAUUAAUCUGGAACCAGACAUCAUCGCAGCCAAGUUCAAUGAGCAGAAAAUACUUGCUGUAGAGAUUCUGCAGCACAAGUUUAACAUUGAGAAAAUGGUGAAGAUAUUGGAACUCCUGCAGAUGUACACUGGGGAUGGGGAGACACUGAGACUCCUGUCUUCCAUAGACACCUUACAGGAGCAGUAUCGAGUCACUACUGCCACCAAUUCCCAAGUCUUGCUUCAACUGGAACAUGCUCAGUCGCUCUUGUCUCAGUUCUCAGAGGGCUAUGCUGAGGUUUUACCAUGGUUGCAGGAAACCAAAGCCCUUAUUGGCCAGUUUACCCUGAACACCAUCAGCUAUGAGGCUUUCAGAGAACAACAGGACCUCUUACAGAGAAUCAGGGAAUCCACAGCAGAGCAUAAGCCACUGAUAGCACGACUGAUCAUGCUGGCCCGGCGUCUAUCAGACCUGAAUACAGCUCAGGGACAGGAGUUCUGCCAGAAAGCUAGGGACACUGAAGACCAGCACCUGUCCAUCAGAGACAGGGUUCGAGAAGCUGCUGGAGUACUGGAGGAGUCUCUGCCCCGCUAUACACAGCUGAAUGAGAGGAUGACUCUGAUUGGAGAAAGACUGGAGCGGCUGUGUAGUCACCUGCAGGCCUCAAUGGCUCUUCAAGGCCUCACCCCACGAAUUCAAGAGCAGCUACAGGACAACAAGCACACAUUGUCUGAGCUCUCCAAAAUGGAUCUGGACCUCAGUAGUGUGAGGACACAGGCUCAGGAGCUCCUGUCCAACACAGGGGCUCUCGCGGAUAGUUCUAUUGGCACGGCUAUCCAAGAGCGGGUUUGCAGUCUAACGGGCCGCUGGGAGGAGGCUCAAAGACAAGCUCAGGAGAGGGAGAAGUGGCUUCUCAAUCUCCUGGAUCUAGCGGUCAGGUUCUGGAAUGAUGUGAGUGACAUGACAUCUGGCCUGAAUGACGCCCAGCAAGCUGUUCUGGACCUCAACUCCAGUCGAUCAGAUUCAGAAACCAUUCGACAGAGCCUGGAGACCAUGCAGACACUCAGGGAGGACAUUGAUUCUCUACAAGGUGACCUGGACGCACUGGGAAUUCUGGGAAUGGAACUCAUGUCAGCAUGUGGUGACACAGACAAGCCAGAGGUCACCAAAAGUUUGGAUGAGCUUUAUGGAACAUGGAACAAUCUCAGUAAGAUCUGGACAGAGUGCAACCGUAAGUUAGAGGAAUGUUUGCGAAUGGCUCUCCAUUAUCAGGACAGUAUGCAGGUGAGUUGGACUGACUUCAUGAAACAAUGGAGGAAAUCGACAAUGUGCCUUUAUAAAUAUUCAUACACUGUAGAGUGGGUCAAGAGAACACUACAAAAGCACGUUUACAAAUGUGACCUUCUAUUGAAGGGUCUCUUUGAGUGGCUGAAGUCUGCAGAGCUGAAAUCCACCGAAGGUUUCUCAGUGGGAUCUGACCUGGGAUCAGUUAAAGAGCAGCUGUGUGACCUGAAGGAAUAUAAGCGAGAGCUCUAUCAGAAGAAGAUUGAGAUUGAGAGUCUAAACCAUCGCUUUGUGUGUCGCCUCUCCCCGGGCACUGAGCGGCCUGGGUCCAUCUCUCCACUGUGUGACUUCCGUCAGCGAUGGGACGAUCUGGAGUCAGAGACUGUCAGUAGACAGCACCAGUUGGAGUGUGCACUGCUGGGCUUGGGUCAGUUCCAGAACACGCUCGAUGAGCUGCACGCCUGGCUCUCCCACACAGCUGACCUUCUGCAGGCCUCUCAGCCAAUCAGCACUGACCUGCAGACCUGUGAGAUAGAGCUUGCCAAGCACAAGGUUCUGCGGAACGAUGUGAUGUCCCAUGUGCACACGGUAGACUCUCUGAACCUGGCCGGCAGAAACCUGAUUGAGUCUGGGGCAGGAGAAAGUUCACAUGUCCUGCAGACUCGUCUGGAACAGCUGAACGAACGCUGGGAAUUUGUGCGCUGUGAGACAGAGCGCAGACAGCUAGAGCUGGAAAAUAACCUCAGUCAGGUUCAGGAUGUGAGCAUGGAGGUCCAGGAUCUCCUGCAGUGGCUGGAACACACAGACCUGAGGCUGUCGUCCAGUAAGACGGUGUGGGGAAUGCCAGACUCUGCCAGCGAGAGACUGAGCGCUCAUUUGGAGUUGUGUAAUGAGAUGGAUUCUAAAAUGCACACUUACACAAAUGUGCGCAACGCCAUCCACAGGAUGCUGGAGGGCAGUGAAGUGGCCCGGGGCUCCAGCACGGAGCAUAGCUUAUGCAUGCUGGAGCAGAAGUGGAGCGCUGUCUACGCGAAAAUGCAAGAAAGAAAGGCAAAGUUAACAGAGGGUCUUGGUCUGGCCAAGGAGUUUAACAGUAAUGUCCAGGACCUGCUGACCAAAAUGGCCAAGUGUGAGGAGACCAUAAACACUCUGUCUGUGCCCAGCUUCAUCCUGGACACCGUCUGCGCUCAGCUUCAGGAGCACAGGGUGCUGGUAGGUGAGGUGCAGUCUUACGGAGAGAGGAAGACGAGCGUGGAGACCGCUGCCACAUGUCUGUCGGAGCUCAGCAGGAAGGAAGACUGCGAUGUGGUGCAGAACCUGAUCAUGACCGUUCAGGACCGAUACGAGAAACUCCUCCAGCACACCACAGACCGGGGGAAAACACUCGAGGACGUCAGAAGACAUGCUAAACAGUUCAGUGAAUCAUGGCACUUGCUGGUGGACUGGAUGACGGAGGUUGAGCAGACGCUGGACACACACAAAGAGAUCUCUGUGUCACAGGAAGAGAUCAAACAACAGCUCACUGAACAGAAGGAGUUCCAGAAGCUGCUCCGCUCGAAGCGGCCGAUGUACGAGGCCUGUCUGAAGAGUGGCCGCUCGCUGCAGGAGAAAGCCCAGAGUCCUGAAGACACGCAGCACCUGGAGAACAUGCUGUCUGAGCUCAGAGACUCGUGGGACACCAUCAGCGGCAAAUCCAGCGAGAGGCAGCACAAGCUGGAAGAGGCUCUGCUGUUUUCAGGCAGAUUCACUGACGCUCUGCAGGCUCUUAAUGACUGGCUGUACAGAGCCGAGCCACAGCUGGCUGAAGAUGUGCCUGUCUGCGGGGAAAAAGAGCUGGUCAACAAUCUGAUCGACACGCACAAGGUGUUCCAGCGGGAGCUCGGGAAGCGUGCCGGCUGUAUCCGCACACUGAAGCGCUCGGUCCGGGAUCUGACGCGGAGCAGCACGGCCGAUGCACACCGGCUGCAGGAGCAGAUGGAGGAGCUGGAGAGACGCUGGGAGGCUGUGUGUAAACUCUCUGUGUCCAGACAGACUCGACUAGAAGCCGCGCUGCAGCAGGCGGAGGAGUUUGAUGGGAUGGUUCACUCGUUCCUGGAUCAUCUUUCGGAUGUUGAGAGGGUCCUGAAGUACGGAGUGCUGCCUGAGGAGGAGCAGGCUCUUCUGGCAUUUCUUACCUGUCACCAGGAGUCGAUGAGCUCCUUGAACGCUCAGCAGACGGCGCUGGAGAACAUUCAGAGACUGGGAGAGGAGAUCCUGUCCUCCUGCCAUCCAGACUCCGUCAUCACCAUCAGAUCAUGGACCAGCAUCACAAACACUCGCUAUGAAGAGGUCGAGACGUGGGCGAAGCAGCAGGCCGCGAGGAUCCAGAGCACGCUGUCUGCUCUCGAGGCAGACAGAGAAGAGAUCCAGCGAUUACUGAACUGGAUCUCCUCCGCUGAAGAGACUCUCAGUCUGAAGGAGCAGGAGCCGCUGCCUGAGGACCUCGAGCUCACCGCUGAUCUCAUCACACAACACACGGAUUUCAUGGAUGAGAUGAAAGGGAAGCUACCAGAAAUCGAAAACGCCACAAAAUCCUGUAAACACAAGCUGGUUCCCAAGCAGCAGGUUUCUCCCAGUCGCAAGACACCAGCAAAGAGGAGAGGCACAGCGAAGCCCCCGCCGUCUGUUCCUCUUCCACUGGAGAAGCUGGACCCUCAGACACCUGUGAUGUGUCAGCUGGUGAGUCAAUGGAGGAAACUCUGGCUCCUGGCCCACGGCAGACAGAGCAGACUAGAGGAACAUCUGCAGAGGCUGAAACAGCUGGAGGAGUUUGCUAAUUUUGACUUCAACAUCUGGCGGAAAAGAUACAUGCAGUGGAUAAGUCACCUCAAAUCCCGGAUACUGGAUGUUUUCCGUAGCAUUGAUCGAGAUCAGGAUGGCCGGAUCACUCACAAGGAGUUCAUCGACAGCGUGCUGGCCUCUAAGUUUCCCACCAACUCUCCGGAAAUGACUGCGGUUGCUAACAUAUUUGAUGUUAACGCCGAUGGAUUCAUUGACUACUAUGAAUUUGUGAGUGCCCUCCAUCCAAGCCGAGACCCUUACAGAAAGCCGGUAGAUGCAGACCAAAUCAAUGAGGAGGUGAGUCGUCAGGUCUCUCAGUGCAACUGUCCAAAGAGAUUUCUAGUGGAGCAAAUUAGCUCAAAUCGCUACAGGUUUGGCGACUCUCAGCAGUUGCGGAUGGUUCGUGUUCUCAGAAGCACUCUGAUGGUUCGAGUCGGCGGUGGAUGGACGGCAUUAGAUGAGUUUCUAGUGAAGAAUGACCCCUGCAGAGUAAAGGGACGCACAAACCUGAAGAUAAAGGCGAAGUAUCUCUCUCCGGACGGGUUCGAGGCGUCGGGCUGCAGAGGCAGUGCUAAAGGCCUGACCGUCAGCAGAUCCAGCUCCAGUCUGAGUUUAUACAGCAGCGCUUCGGCUCCCAGCAGCCCACUGACACGCAAGGCAUUGCUACGCAGAAGUUUCUCUGGUGAGAGGUGCAUUCGACCCAGGAGCUCUAUCGCAGCUUUAGGGAGCGAGCAUUUCUCUGCCGACAUCGACUCUCCUUCAGCUACAGAAGCAGUAGAAAGACCACCAACAUGAACACAUCUUGUCCCGUACCAUGAGCUCAACCAGGCAGACGAUCCUGAUCCACAGGAUGGACAGAAACCACUCGAGCAGACCUCAGAUCAGUGGACACAGCUGGUCACUAGUGCUCUGAGGUGUGUUACACCAUCCGUUUCAUAGCAUAGCAUUGACUUCACAGACUUUGUUUUUACAAAACGGACUCCCUGCUUUGUGUGUAACGAGAGAGCGCUGGAAUGUUUCGCAUGGGUUUGAGCAGCACGACGCCUGUAGUAUCAAGGAGCAAUAGCUUAUGUAGUGCUUUACACAGCAUACAUGUAUAUGCACAGCUCUCUUUAUUUUCUAUAGUUGCCUGAUGCAGGGACAAAUGUCCAAUCUUACCCCGUGACCUCCACUGCCUUUGUAUCAGUUUCACCCCACAGUUAGUGAUGCAAAAUACAAACCAAAAUACUGCUGUCUAAUGGUUUAGGCUUUAUGAUACGCAGAGCUUUUGGGGUCCAUGUUAAUGUUUUGUGUAAGUGUGGCUAUUAUAUCCUCAGGUCUGAAGUUCUAGAAUAUUUCAGGGUCUAGAUUAUGAAUUUAAAGACCACAUGAUAUAUACCAGCAACAUGUCACCGUUAGCAAAUAAUAAAUACUGGUUAACGGUGGUAAAUGAGCCCCAGAAAUACAUGACUUUGCUUACAUUUCCUGAAAUGUGUAAAUAGCAAAUAGCAAAACCAGAAAUACAUAGUUCCAGGUACAUUUUUACAUGACAUGUCUACAAGAGUUGGUAUAAGCUAGUUUAUAGUUGUUCCUCAUUGCAGAUUCAGAUUUAUUUAACAGUACAGUGUCAUGUAAAAAAAAAAAAAAAUUAAGUAAAGAAAAUGUGCCUAUGGAUACACAAUGGUUGCAAAAUGACCUUGUGUUGGUUAAAGCACAUUUCAUGGCAGUUCUGAAUCAAAAGGUCUGGUGUCUGAUGCUAAACGGCAUGAUCAAAUGUCUCCAAAACAGUUAAAUGUGACUGUGGCAAUGUUUCAUUACACUGGUUGUUGGUAAAAUAUUCUGACUUUUCAUCUGUCAAAUCUAACCUAUAUUGUGUGAUAAAAACACAUUUGCUGAAGCAAGCAUGCCAUUUUAGCUUUCUAAUAACUUUACCAGGUGUGCUACUGAGCAAGUUUACUGCGUCAAAAAUGCCACACAUACUGAGCUGAUUAUGCGAUGCAAAUGACAAAAUGCAUUCAUUUACAUGUAAUCCACCAUGGAAAAAUUAUUCUGUAUUGAUAACAGAGUGUUGCGCAAGACAACAUGCAAAUUCUGUGUGAAAAGGAACAAAAGUUGUUAGUGUUUACUGUUCAUUUCAUCUGGAAACUGCAGUCAAAUGUAAGCAGAGUCACGUUUAACUGUGCUGUCAAUAUUCUUAUUAUAGCUUAAUCGUAAAAAAACUAUCUGCCAUGAUUCUUUGAUAAACACUAGAAGUUGGAGCUUAAGAAAAUCCUGGUAAUUAUAACUUCAUGAUGGUGUAAAUACAAUCAUUCCAACAUGACUUGGACAAACAAGAACAUGAGGUCUUUAAAUACUUUGAGUCUGUUUAGAGAUGUUCUUUAGCAUUUUAGCAUUGCGUUUGCUGUAUGUCUCUCUAAUUUUUACACCUCAGUGUUUGUAAAAUGCAUAUUAGUGUAAUUUCCAAGAUACAGACAUUUAUCUAUAGAAUAUUUUUUGUUUGUUUGUUUCUUAUUUGAUUUUGAACAAUCAUGCCACCGGUUGUAAUAACUUCCUUUGAGGAUUUGAAAGUGUAGGUCUCAAUGAGAUUAUCUGAAUUAUACGCAUCACAGAUGCUCCAGCUGUGAUUUUUGACUUUUAUUUGAGCCAAACAAAUCAACGUUGAUAUGACCUGCUUUUUCACAGUGUCCUGCUCAGGGCAAAGUCUGCUGUAUUCAUUUUGUUUGCCUUAAACCUACUUGUGAAUGUUUGGGGUUGAAUUCUUGUACCAUUGUACCAAGUUGUUAAGAAUGUAGCAUUUGAUUCUAAUUACAGUACAUAUCAAAUAUGUGUGUCUUUUAAUUUUGUGCAUAUGCGGUUCAGUUCUCUUAAUUUUGAGUUGAAAUGGGUUUGGAGGGUUCAGGAUUGCUUAGCAGGCAUACUUUGCUUUAGCUUUUUGCUUUGCUCUACUCUGUUUCAUCUGAGAAUAUUCAAAUGAAGGAAUAUUAAUAAAACAUUUGGCCGAAAAUAUGACACAUUUAUUUGCAAUGGACUUGCAAGGAAUAAUAAUGUCUGGCAGUGAUUGAUUAUAUAUGCAAAAUCCAUUUGACUCUCAAAAACUCAAAAUUCUGUGAUUAUUCAUCAUCUUAUAAAUGCUGGUUUAUAUAAUCCAUUUCUGGAAAGAGAUCGUCUUCUGAUAUGCACCUGCUGUUAUUGUACUGUAAAUCUCUGAUGCUGUAAAUAAUGGUAUGUUCAGUAGCAUUAUUGCUUUUUUACUGUACAUUUCUGAUUUUGUAAAAUAAGGUUACAUAGAAUUUGAGAUCAGCGCUGAAUUACUUUUAGUUGUGGAAUUACACUAAUCAUAACAUUACUUGUAAUUAUAAAUCUGUUCAAAUAAAAUGUUUCAUAGAAAGUUGU